CCAAGGCACCUCCCUGGCACUAGGCCCAUUCAGAGACGAAAGGGGAAGCUUUCCAGGUUCCCUCCUACUCCAGUGCCCACUGCCAGCCACUCACCUGUGUCCCAUUCCUCAUCUGGAAAUUAGAGAGGUGGGAGCAGCUGUCGAAGUCCAGUAGCUUCUGCCACUGUCACAACCCCAGAUGCCACCCCAGUUGCCAUGCCACUGCCAUUGUGCCUCCCCGCCCUGAACUUUGGCUCUUGUCUUUUCUUUCCAGCCCGGGCAGGUAGCUGCCUCUUGUUAGGUUCUGCUCCCUCCCUGGGUAGCACAGUUAGGCUUAGCGAUCCAGCCAAGGCAGACAGACAGGGUCAGGGCCUCAGUCGGGCUGUGGAGGACAGGCAACAGAGACAGCAGGUGAAGCCGCUGGGCUUCCUCAAAUCCUCCUCCUUGAUGAAGCUGCCUGGCAGGCUCAAGGCGCACCAGGAUGCACUCCCUCGGCUGCCUGUGCCCCCGCUCCAGCAGUCUCUGGACCAUUACCUCAAGGCACUGCAGCCCAUUGUGAGCGAGGAGGAGUGGGCCACCACCAAGAAGCUGGUGGACGAGUUCCGGAACCCGGGGGGCGUCGGGGAGCGGCUGCAGAAGGGGCUGGAGCGCAGGGCCAAGAAGUCGGAGAACUGGCUGUCCGAGUGGUGGCUCAAGACAGCCUACCUCCAGUACCGCCAGCCCGUGGUCAUCUGCUCCAGCCCGGGUGUGGUUCUGCCCAAGCAGGACUUUGUGGAUCUGCAGGGCCAGCUCCGGUUUGCUGCCAAACUCAUCGAGGGCGUUUUGGAUUUCAAGAGCAUGAUCGACAACGAGACCCUGCCUGUGGAGCAGCUGGCGGGGAGGCCGCUGUGCAUGAACCAGUACUACCAGAUCCUGUCCUCCUGCCGUGUGCCAGGCCCCAAGCAGGACUCCGUUGUCAGCUUCCUAGAGGCCAAGAAACCGCCCAUGCAUGUCACUGUGGUGCACAACUACCAGUUCUUCGAGCUGGACGUGUACCACAGUGACGGGACGCCCUUCACCUCAGACCAGAUCUUUGUGCAGCUGGAGAAGAUCUGGAACUCGUCCCUGCAAACCAAUAAGGAGCCGGUGGGCAUCCUGACCUCCAACCACCGCAACACCUGGGCCAAGGCCUACAACACUCUCAUCAAAGACAAGGUGAACCGGGACUCGGUGCGCUCCAUCCAGAAGAGCAUCUUCACUGUGUGCCUGGACAAGCCAGUGCCCAGGGUCUCGGAAGACGUCUACCGAAACCACGUGGCUGGCCAGAUGCUGCAUGGGGGCGGCGGCUUGCUCAACAGUGGCAACCGCUGGUUCGACAAGACGCUGCAGUUCAUCGUGGCCGAGGACGGCUCCUGUGGACUCGUCUAUGAGCAUGCGGCAGCCGAGGGGCCCCCCAUCAUCGCCCUGGUGGACCACGUCAUGGAGUACACGAAGAAGCCGGAGCUCGUGCGCUCGCCCAUGGUGCCCCUGCCCAUGCCCAAGAAGCUGCGGUUCAACAUCACCCCCGAGAUCAAGAGCGACAUUGAGAAGGCCAAGCAGAACCUCAGCAUCAUGAUCCAGGACCUGGACAUCAUGGUGCUGGUGUUCCACCACUUCGGGAAGGGCUUCCCCAAGUCCCAGCAGCUGAGCCCGGACGGCUUCUUCCAGAUGGCCCUGCAGCUGGCCUACUACAGGAUCUACACCCAGGCCUGUGCCACCUACGAGAGUGCCUCCCUGCGCAUGUUCCACCUGGGCCGCACUGACACCAUCCGCUCGGCCUCUGUGGACUCGCUGGCUUUCACCAAGGCCAUGGAUGACCCCAGCGUGCUGGAGCACCAGAAGGUGGAGCUGCUGCGGAAGGCCGUGCAAGCACACCGAGCCUACACCGACCGAGCCAUCCACGGGGAGGCCUUCGACCGCCACCUGCUGGGCCUCAAGCUGCAGGCCAUUGAGGACCUGGUGAGCAUGCCGGACAUCUUCAUGGACACCUCCUACGCCAUCGCCAUGCACUUCAACCUCUCCACUAGCCAGGUGCCCGCCAAGACAGACUGUGUCAUGCUCUUCGGGCCUGUGGUCCCCGACGGCUAUGGUGUCUGCUACAACCCCAUGGAGACCCACGUCAGCUUCUCCAUAUCGGCCUACAACAGCUGUGCUGAGACCAAUGCCGCCCGCCUGGCGCACUACCUGGAGAAGGCGCUGCUGGACAUGCGCGAACUGCUGCAGCGCCACCCCCGGGCCAAGCUCUGAGUCCCUGUGGCCAGGCCUGCCCGCGCCACAGUGAAGGCUGUGGAGAUGGGCACCUGCCAGGGCUCUGCCCCUGGCUUCCACAGCUCCUGGCCCUGGGUCUGACCAAGCCAGGGACAAUGUCCUCUCGUGAGGUCUGCAGGCCCAAGCCAAGUGCCUUCCAUGACUGUCCCCAGGAAGUGCCAGAGCCCAAGUGCUGGGUAGAUUUGAGACUGAACAGGACGGAAGACACAGGCCCCAGGCCCCGGCGUGUCAUCCUUGGGCCUCCCUGGCCAGGAACAAGUCCAACCCCGAACUGGCCAAAGCAGGGACCUAAAAAGAGCUCCUUUCUUCCCAGCUUCCCAUCUCCACGCCAAGCCAGGAUCUGUACCAUCUCCCAUCUCCCAGUGACCCGGAGACAGGUUUAGCUUUGGCCGAGGGCUCUAGGCCUCCCCGAAGCAAGGGACAGAUCAAGGGGACGCUCGAGGGGCUGUCCUCAUGUGGCCGCCGUGGAUGAUGUGGCUCGGGAGCCCGGGCCUCUCCCUGAUCCUGACGCGCACCGGUGGUGUACAGUGUGAAGGUGCCAUGUGGCUGAGUAAUAAAGGAGAAAUAUGCUGGUGAGCUCGAGUUGCAGCAGAGCAGCACCCUGGGGACA